AUGACUAAACUCGAAGAAAUGUGUGUUCGGGUUAACUUCGGGAAAGUGUUAGGAUUCAUAGUGGGUCCAAAAGGUAUAGAUGUCGAUCUAGACAAAAUCAAGGCGAUCCAAGAGAUGGAGAUGCCUAAGACAGAGAAGCAAUGGAAUGAUCAUUACCAGAUAGCCUUUGAUAAGAUCAACGAAUAUUUGUCAAGUCUUCUAGUUUUAUACCCACCAAAACCAAGAAAACCACUAAUUUUGUACUUGACAUUGGAAGAUGCCGGAAUUAGAGCCAUGUUAGCACAAGCUGAUGAAGCGGGUGUUGAGAAUGCUAUGUACUACUCGAGCAAGAAACUUCUUCCAAAUGAACAGAAGUAUAACUUGAUCGAAAAGACCUGUUCAAGGAUGGAUUCGGUCAAAUAUCUAUAUGGAACACCAGCACUAGUGGGGAAAUUAGGAAGAUGGUUAAUCCUAUUGUCAGAAUUCGACAUUGAGUAUGCCAUAAAGAAAACCGUCAAAGGACGAGCAGUUGUAAAUUUUCUAGCAGCACAUCCAGUUGAAGAUAAUGAGCAAUGGGAAAUUGAUUUUCCCGAUGAACAUUUGAACUUAGUAGAGAAGAAAGGAUGGAAGCUUUACUUUGAUGGAUCAGCUUAUAGUAUCGGAGUCGGAGUAGGCAUCUUGUUAGAUCUCCACAAGGAGAAGUUAUCCCAAUGUUGA